AACAUCGUGAUCGAUCAUUAUGAUAAUGGAAAGUGGAAAGCAAUUGGAUAGUAGUUGCUGUGGUCGACCAUUAAAAGUAUUGCUGUUUCCAUGGAUAGCCUACGGUCAUAUAACCCCAUACCUAGAACUCGCCAAACACCUCUCCUGCAAAAACUUCAAAAUCUACUUCUACUCCACCCCCAUCAUCCUCAACACCAUUAAACUAAACAACCCCAUCCUUGCCGACAACAUCACACUCCUCGAACUCAAAUUGUCCUCCCACGGCGGCGACCUCCCCCCUCACCGCCAUACCACAACCGGUCUCCCCCACCAUCUCGUCCCAACGCUCUUCCAAUCCUUCGCCGCCUCCGCUUCCACCUUCGCCUCCGUCCUCGACUCUUGCUCCCCUGACCUCGUCAUCUACGACGGUUUCCAGCCGUGGGUCCCCGUGGACGCCGCGUCACGCAACAUCCCCUCCGUCUUCUUCCUCAUCAUCGGAUCAUCAGCGUAUUCCUACUUCUACCACACUGUGUACGCCUACAAGGAAGACACUUCGACACCGUUCCCUUUCCCGGCGAUCUAUGCGACGGAGCACGAGACGAAGAGCCUCAAGUUUCCAUGGGAGCCCGGGUUCAUCUUCAAAGGGGCCAACAAGUCUUGCGAGAUCAUUUUAGUUAACAGCUCUGAGGAGAUCGAUGGGAAGUACAUUAGGUACCUUUCUGAGCUCUGCAAAAAGAAGAUGGUUACGGUGGGGCCGUUGAUCAAUGUGGAUGAGGGGAAGGAUGAUGUCAUGAUCAUGAAAUGGCUAAACAAGAAGGAGGGAAGGUCAUGUUUGUACGUGUCUUUCGGGAGUGAGUACUACAUGGGAAAAGAAGAUUUGGAGGAAAUGGCAUAUGGGCUUGAACUGAGUGGGGUGAACUUCAUUUGGGUGAUUAGGUUUCCUGAGGGAGGUGAUGAUAAAACAUUGAGCUUGGAUGAGGCAUUGCCUUCAGGGUUUCUUGACAGGGUGAAGAAGAGAGGGUUGAUAGUCAAAAAGUGGGCCCCGCAAGCCUGGAUUCUGAGGCACAAGAAUAUCGGAGGGUUUUUGAGUCACUGCGGAUGGAACUCGGUUCUCGAGAGUGUGCAGUUUGAGGUUCCCAUUUUGGCAUUGCCUAUGCAUCUUGACCAGCCUGCCCAUGCAAGAAUGGCAGUUGAGCUCGGCAUUGCCUUGGAGAUUGAGAGGGAUGAGAAUGGGAAGGUGCAACGAGAGGUUGUGGUCAAGACCAUCAAAGCGUUUUUUGGGGAAAAAAAAUGUGAGGAAUUGAGGGCGAAAAUCAAACAAGUGAAUCACGCAAUAAAGAUGAGGGGUAACAAACAAAUUGAUAGUGCCGUGGAAGAGCUCACUAACCUAUGCCUUAACUAUCAUCACAAGAAGCUUGUGGUGACCUGAAUUAAUUAUUUAACUUAUGGGCAUGAUAUGCACCAUCAUUUACUUACCCCAUACGUACUAUAUUCCGAAUUAACGAAUAUGUAGUAAUUGAUUAUGGCCUAAAUUAAAUCCUCAAGUCAUUUGUACGACUUUUUUGUUUGAACUUCUUAAUUGAUGUGUUUUUACGGGUAUUUUUAAUUUGAUUGAACAUAGUUAGGUUUAA